AGUUGGACUUGUUUCAGCACUCCACACUGUACGAUUGAUAGUAUUGGCAAAGAGUGAUUGAUCGACGCGUUAACGAUAGCUCGGCUAACGUCUUUGGAGCGAGAAUUAAUCGUAUCCUUCAACAGAAGUCCGACAUGUGCCUAUGUAACUAUUGACAGAUUUCCUGCUAGCGAUUUUAGGGGGGGUGGCAUAUGUAUAUAAUCGUAUCGUAGCAUACUGCAGGCACUGUUUAGAUAAAAGUUUAUGGCUCGUGGCUCGUAGUGGUAGCGCCGGUCUGUUGGAUGGGUGAUUUUGACCAAACCUCGCCCAAAGUAAACCGAGAUUAAAAGAGUCAAACAUCCGACUCCCUCUUUCCUCUUUUAGCUCACCAAAAAAAAAAAAACACAGAAAGAACAUUGUUUUUGUCCUCCCACGAAUUUACGCUGAGCAAAUACCAAGGAAACUUCAAGAGGAAUCGUUCGAGUUGCUUCGUUCGAUAAAUGUGACGGAUCCUGAAAUGGAUAAGCUGAGCGAAACCAACGUCUGGGCCGAUGAGCCGACGACAUGGGGUAUCAUGAUGUACAGCAUCGUUGUUCCCGUUAUUUCCGUUCUCGGUGUUAUCGGGAAUACUCUCAUCUUGGCCGUUCUCAGCCGAAAGAGUCUGAAGGCUUCGAUGUACACCUAUCUAGCUGUGCUGGCGGGUGCUGAUCUCGUCACAUGCGCAUUGCUGGUAUUCUCGGGAUUGGCAAGAGGACUUUUCUGGGGACAGUCGGGAUGGACGGAGUUCGACGCCUUUGUUCACCUUCCCGUCGGCUCCGUGUCUUCGAACAUCGCAGUUUGGGCAGCAGUUUGCGUCACGCUAGACAGACUGAUCCUUAUAUCAGGGCCACCGAAAUGGAAGCCUCCCAAGUUUUGCAGUGACGCCGUUGCUCGUAAGGUCAUGAUAUUCUCCGGGUUCUGUGCCAUUCUUUUUAACAUCCCUUACUGUUUCAUCUACACGUACAACGAAAAGGGUGAGCUGACUACAACGGAAUUCUUCAGUUCACGGUACUACAACAUUCAAAAUUGGUUCCAGCUGGUGGCAUUCGGUUUGGUUCCGGCGGUAUUCUUACUUGUAGGCAACGCAGCGAUGUGCGUUGCUGUUCGCAGAAUUAUGAAACAGCGACAGAUGCUGCUUCAGCGAAAAUUCACUCGCGAAGGAAAUUGCCUGCAGGACCAAGCCAGACUAACGAUUACCCUUGUCGGCAUAGUCUUCAUGUUUCUCGUGGGCGAGGUCCCCACCCAUCUAGCAUCAAGACGAAGCGCGGUAUCAAUUUUGUAUGGUGGCGACGCAACAAAAAUCGACGAAAAUUUUUUGGAACACUUCAGAAUAGUCGCCACGCUAUUGAACGCGAUAUCUAGUUCAGCAAAUUUUGUCCUCUACUGCCUCCUGAGUCCGCAGUUUUUAAUGAAUCUCAAGAUUUUGAUUAGGAGUCAAAAAACACUGGACCAGCGGGAGCAAAAAGUAAGAAUAGCUACGAUUGACUUGUAUGCCAACGAUAGCAGGGAUCGUCCGACGAACAAUUCGCCACGAUGCAGAAGCGCCAUGUUUUGACAAUUGCUCAUUAUUAUCAACAUCGCGCCCCUAAUAGUCGUACUACAAGAAAGCGUUGAUCGAUUUCAGAGACCGCCGGCGGUACUGCGUCCCGCAGAACCAAUAAGCUCACACCUUUGUUUACGUUUGUGUUGAUCACGUCUCGCAGUCACGCGGAGAAAGUAUUUCAAAUUUUCCGCGAGGAUUAUCUGACCGUAAACACUACACUGUCGAUGUUUUGCCUUUGGACUUCAACCUGUUGAAUAAUUCAUUUCAAAUAAAAAACACCAUUGUUCCUCACGCGUUCAAUAAGAACAUAUGUGUAACAAUUCAAAUCUAAUCUAAAUUUUAGCAAACACCGAACAAAGAACUUUUCAAAACUUUUGGCCAAGAACUGUGGCAAAAUCUACAGUAAUUUCAGACAACUUUUCAUCGAUAUACUUCGGGCAAGCAAACUCAUCAAUUAACGAGGUAGGGAGUUAGCUGAGGUUUUUUCAAAGUUUCAAGUUGAAAUGUCGUUCGAUAUAUCAGAAACAUGCGAUCAAAUAAUUGCAGAUGGCUUACGGGAACGUUUGUUCAAAAGUUAGACUGUAAAAACAUCGAAUAUUUUCGUACAUUGUAGUUACAAUUGGUUUCGGUAUAAUUAGCUCUGUGGUCAAAGCGAUACGCCCAAUUGCGCAUAUAUAUAUAUAUAUAUGUAUAUAUAAUACUUAUUUUUAAUUAAAUAUAAUUUCGUAUUAUUACUUACGAUAUAACAGAAUAAAUAAUGCUGAAAUAGCACGAGUUUGACAAGAUAGACAAUUACUUGAUUGUAGAAGAGUAACCACUAUCGUUUGUACUAACUUUUAU